AUGGGUGGCGGUGGCUUUGGAGGCAUGCAAUCAGCUACUUGCGAAGCUGAAGGAAAAGACGGGCUUCUGGAGAACAUAUGGAUUCGAUUUCUCGCCGGGGGCUCUGAAAAAUCCUGUAUAACCUCAGAAGGGCAAACUCCCGCUUCAGAGCUUGCAGAGGGGGAGGGAGUAAUCAUCAGCUAUUUUAAACUAAAUCAAAUCUCUGUGCAAAGAAACAGGGGAGACCAGAUGAAAUUGCCAUUACAGCAGCAGCCAGAAUUCAAUUAUUGUGGAUUCUCAUCAGUAGAAGAUGUUGAAAGCCUCUUAUACCUUGAAGAACAGAGUGGAUUGCCAUCAGUUGGAAAUCUGGAACAAUUGUUGCCUAUUCCUAUUGCGGCUAAGGUAAGGACUCACUCUCAAAUUGAAGAAUCCGAGCAUUUAAAUGCGAGUUCCGCCAUUCCUGAUAAGAAAGCUGCAAUUUUGCCGAAGCAGGGUAGAAUAGAAAAGCAUUACAGAGGGGUGCGGAGGCGUCCGUGGGGGAAAUUUGCAGCGGAAAUAAGGGAUUCGACAAGGCAAGGGACGAGGCUUUGGCUGGGGACAUUCUCUACUGCAGAAGCGGCAGCCAUGGCGUACGACAAAGCUGCUUUCAAAAUGAGGGGUCCUCAAACAUUCCUCAACUUUCCAGUUGAAAUUGUGUCUAGGGCAUUGGCGCAUGACCUCAAUUCGGGAACCACCGUCUCUCACCCCACUUCUGCAAGUUUCCAUGAUAUUCUAUGCAGAAAAAGGGCUUCUUUGGAAGAUGAGCAGCAACCACAGAUGAAGCGAUCCAAAACCCAGCGGCAAAUGUGGACUUGUAAUGGCGUUGGUGAUGAUAUUUUGGGCUCAUUCGAUUUGGAGGGAACAGAUUUGGGCACAAAUUAUUGGGAGGAAUUGCUUCUUUCAGCUGAAAAUAACGAAUCCCUGAGCUUGUUAAAUCCGCUAAUGGCUAUCCCAUGA